AUGGACGACCUCCGCGAGCAGGUCGAGCUCCUGGAGAACAGCGCAAACCUCUCCACGAGCAUCGACGACAUCCAAAAGGCCAUACAUCAGCUGACUGCAGCGCGCGCCAAGAUUGCUGCAGAUCCGAAGACGGCGCCCUUGACCCUCGCCAAGCUGCAGGACUCCUUCAAGAAGUCGCUCGAGACGGCCCAAAAGGACUUGAAGCCUGUGUAUGCGGGACUUAACAAGUACGGCAAGGUGCUGGACAAGGUAGCUCUCUCACCUCAGGCACCGCACGCCACGGCAUGGACUGACAGCGUGCUGCAGAAAUUCAAAGACAAGCCCCUUCCUUCCGCCGAAAAUGACGCUCUCUCAUCGCAUCCCGCCCUCAUCAACCGCGCCAUCGCCAUGCACCUCCUCCGCGAAGGCGAGUUCGACGUGGCUUCCACUUUCAUCGACGAGGCCAAGCGCCGCCCACCACACCCCGAGCCCACCGCCAACACGCCGAACCCUUAUAUCAGCCAGUCGUGGGAGAAGGACCUCGCAGAAGGGACCUUCAACUCGGACGAGCUGCAGCAGCAGUUCGCUGAGAUGUAUCACAUUCUGGACGAGCUCCGGCGGCAGCGAAACCUCGAACCCGCCAUUCAGUGGGCAAAAGAGCGGAGUGACAUGCUGGAGGCGCGAGGUAGCAAUCUCGAGUUCGAGCUGGCCAGGCUAGAGUUCAUCCGCCUGUUCAACUACAGCGACGCAGACGACAUGGACGAAUAUGCAUCCGGCCCGCAGGACGCAUUUCGCUACGCCCAGCAAGAGUUCGCCGGGUUUCAGAAGCGCUACACGCGUGAGAUUCAAGAGCUGAUGGGCGCCAUGGCAUUCUUCCCCAACCUCCAAGACUCUCCAUACCGACACAUUUUCUACAACGACUCGUCCUGGGAAGAAGUUGCACAUUCUUUCAAUCGCGAAUUCUGCUCCUUGCUCGGCCUCAGUGCCGAUUCGCCGCUAUUCAUCGCCGCAACAGCAGGCGCUAUUGCUCUUCCCUACCUGCUGAAGAUGCAGAGCAUCAUGAAAGAGAAGCGCACCGAAUGGACCACACAGAACGAACUGCCCGUCGAAAUCCCGCUUCCAUCGCCAUACCACUUCCACUCCAUUUUUGUGUGUCCUGUGUCCAAGGAACAGACCACCGACUCCAACCCGCCCAUGAUGAUGCCCUGUGGCCACGUCAUAGCCGAUCAAUCACUCAAAAAGCUUGUCAAAAACUCAAACACAAGAUUCAAGUGUCCGUAUUGCCCGAGCGAGAGCUGUCUCCAAGACGCGAGGAAGGUUGUGCUGUAG